AUGGCCGAGCGGGGCCGCUUGGGCCUGGCCGGCGCGCCCGCCGCGCUCAACACGCCGGUGCCCAUGAACCUGUUCGCCACCUGGGAGGUGGAUGGCUCCAGCCCCAGCUGCGUGCCCAGGUUGUGCAGCCUGACCUUGAAGAAGCUCGUGGUCUUCAAGGAGCUGGAGAAGGAGCUCAUCUCCGUGGUGAUUGCAGUCAAGAUGCAGGGCUCCAAGCGGAUCCUGCGCUCCCACGAGAUCGUGCUGCCCCCUAGCGGACAAGUGGAGACCGACCUGGCGCUGACCUUCUCCCUGCAGUACCCCCACUUCCUGAAAAGAGAAGGCAACAAGCUUCAGAUCAUGCUGCAGCGAAGAAAGAGGUACAAGAACCGAACCAUCCUGGGCUAUAAGACGCUGGCCGCUGGCUCCAUCAACAUGGCUGAGGUGUUGCAGCAGCCGGCGGAGGGCGGGCAGGUGCUGAGCCUCUGCAGCGACAUCAAGGAGGCCACGGUCAAGGUGGCCGAGAUCUGGAUCUUCUCGCUGUCCAGCCAGCCCAUUGACCACGAGGACAGUGCCAUGCAGGCCGGCCCCAAGGCCAAGUCCACCGAGAACUACUCGGAGGAGGAGUACGAGAGCUUCUCCUCUGAGCAGGAGGCCAGUGACGAUGCCGUGCAGGGGCAGGAUUUGGACGAGGAUGACUUUGAUGUGGGGAAGCCCAAGAAGCAGCGGCGAUCGAUAGUAAGAACGCCGUCCAUGACCAGGCAGCAAAACUUCAAGCAGAAAGUGGUGGCCCUGCUGCGGAGGUUUAAAGUCUCCGACGAGGUCCUGGGCUCGGAGCAGGACCCCGCAGAGCAUGUCCCCGAGGUCGAGGAAGACCUGGACCUCCUGUACGACACGCUGGACGUGGAGAACCCCAGCGACAGCGGCCCUGAUAUGGAGGACGACGACAGCGUCCUCAGCACCCCCAAACCGAAGCUCAGGCCGUACUUCGAAGGCCUGUCCCACUCCAGCUCGCAGACAGAGAUCGGGAGCAUCCACAGCGCCCGCAGCCAGAGGGAGCCUCCCAGCCCGGCUGACGUGCCCGAGAAGACACGGGUCCUCGGAGGCAAGCAGCCCAGUGACAGUGUGUCCGAUUCGGUGGCCCAUAGCACGCCUGCCCCCGGGGAGCAGCCAGCACCGCCUGAAGAAAGCCCUGAGGUGGAGACCUCUGCCCUGGACCUGUUUACCGAGAAGCUACCACCUAGCGGGCGGAUCACCAAGACUGAGUCCCUGGUCAUCCCCUCUACCAGGUCUGAGGGGAAGCAGGCAGGCCGCCGGGGCCGGAGCACGUCCCUGAAGGAGCGGCAGCCGGCGCGCCCGCAGAACGAGAGGGCCAACAGCUUGGACAACGAGCGCUGCCCCGACACGCGGAGCCAGCUGCAGAUCCCCAGGAAGACUGUGUACGACCAGUUAAACCACAUCCUCAUCUCCGACGACCAGCUCCCGGAAAACAUCAUUCUCGUGAACACCUCGGACUGGCAGGGACAGUUCCUCUCAGACGUGCUGCAGCGGCACACGCUCCCCGUGGUCUGCACCUGCUCCGCGGCCGACGUCCAGGCGGCCUUCAGCACCAUCGUGUCUAGGAUUCAGAGAUACUGCAACUGUAACUCGCAGCCGCCGACGCCCGUGAAGAUCGCGGUGGCGGGCGCGCAGCACUACCUCAGCGCCGUGCUGAGGCUCUUCGUGGAGCAGCUGUCGCACAAGACCCCCGACUGGCUGGGCUACAUGCGCUUCCUCGUGAUCCCGCUGGGCUCCCACCCCGUGGCCCGGUACCUGGGCUCCGUGGACUACAGGUACAACAACUUCUUCCAGGACCUGGCUUGGAGGGACCUGUUCAACAAGCUGGAGGCGCAGAGCGCUGUGCAGGACACGCCGGACAUCGUGUCGAGAAUCACCCAGUACAUUUCGGGGGCCAACUGCGCCCACCAGCUGCCCAUUGCAGAGGCCAUGCUGACCUACAAGCAGAAGAGGAGAAAGAACUUUCACUUUGACUUUACCCUCAGCCCCGACGAGGAGUCCUCCCAGAAGUUCAUUCCCUUCGUUGGGGUGGUGAAGGUGGGGAUAGUGGAGCCAUCUUCGGCCACGUCAGGUGAUUCAGAUGAUGCGGCCCCCUCGGGCUCCAGCGUGCUCUCGUCCACCCCGCCGUCCACGUCUCCAGCGGCCAAGGAGGCGUCGCCUACCCCGCCCUCCUCCCCCUCAGUGAGCGGAGGCCUGUCCUCCCCCAGCCAGGGCGUCGGCGCCGAGCUCAUGGGGCUGCAGGUGGAUUACUGGACGGCAGCUCAGCCCGCAGACAGGAAGAGAGACGCGGAGAAGAAGGACUCGCCCACCACCAAAAACACACUCAAGUGCACCUUCCGGUCUCUCCAGGUCAGCAGGCUGCCCAGCAGCGGCGAGGCCGCGGCCACGCCCACCAUGUCCAUGACCGUGGUCACCAAGGAGAAGAACAAGAAGGUGAUGUUUCUGCCCAAGAAAACCAAGGAUAAGGACGUGGAGUCCAAAAGCCAGUGCAUCGAGGGCAUCAGCCGCCUGAUCUGCACGGCCAAGCACCAGCAGAACAUGCUGCGGGUCCUCAUCGAUGGUGUGGAGUGGAACGACGUCAAGUUCUUCCAGCUGGCGGCCCAGUGGUCCUCCCACGUCAAGCACUUCCCCAUCUGCAUCUUCGGACACUCCAAGUCCACCUUCUAGCCCCGCCUGCCGGGGGGCCGUGCCAGUUCCCGCCCUGCAGCCCCACGACGGCCGCGGCCGGGAGGGCCCAGCUGCUUUUCUGUUCACACUUCAGUUUACCACAGAGACAGACCCUUAAAACCCCAGAGAAACAGUCUUAAGUAUGAACGCGCUCACAACCUGGAGACUAACGGGGCGGCCCCCACCGGGAGCCCGUAACUGCUCUGCUUAUUAACCAGAAUGUCCCGGCGGGGGUGGGAGGGCAGGCGGCAUCACGGAAGGUGUGUUUUCGCCUCAGGACUCACCCCCAACCCGUCCCCCCAACAAGAAGGGUUCUUGCCUUCGUGUCCUGUUCUUUCUGAAAGCCAGGACUACUCUGCUUCCUCAGGGAGCGGGGGUCCUGCAGGUGGCCCCGUGGACCGCGGGCUGUCUGUGCCCAGGCAGCCAGCUGGGGGGCCAGGGGCCAGCCUUCUGUCAGGGACAUCCUGAGCGGAACCCAGAGGCCAGUUAGCCCUGAAGCCGAGAGGGCCCCAGCGCCGCCCACUCUGGAUCCCAAUGAACUGCGGCCGGCGGCAGUGGAGGUUUUAUAGUAGCGGAUAUUUUUAAUGCUUUUAAAUACAUGUUAAAAUGUAGCUGCCAAACAGACGUUGCUCUUCUGAAGUCCCAGCAGCCCCUGAGGACUGAGGCAGAGCCAGCCAGGCCGCCCCGGUCCCAGCCCCCACUCCCUGCACCCUUCGCUGCCCCAAGGCGCCACUUUGCUUCUUCGAGUCGUCCUGCCCCGAACACAGUUGCCUCCUCAGCUCCACUGCUUGCCCCCACCCCGGUCUCGCUUGCUAACUAGGGGUGUCUGUCACCUGCACCACUAAUGUGGCCAGUGAGGCUCAGGCAAGUGGCCAAAUCAUAGGGGCCCGAGCCCCGUUGGCGCCAUGGGCGCAGCCUGGGCGCCCUGCUUGUCUAGGCUAGGCUCCUCAGGGCAAGGGAUUUGGGGUCUGGGUCCCCAGGGGGGGUCACCCUGCCCUCCCCCUCCCCGUGCAGCAGGCAGUGCGUGUCCUGACCUGAGGAGGGGUCCCUUCCAGACCUGCUCGGCCCCAGCCCUGCCCUGCCCUGGCCACUGGCUGCAGGCCUGGGUGGCCCACCCAGGGUCUCCAAGUCGAGUUUUCUAGGGCUGAGAACCACACAGGCUGCGCUCAGAAAAACAGUGCCAAACGCCAGACAGGCUGCAGGUCUUUCCCGCUCUGUUGGAGGAUAGGACUCCAACAGCCCGUGGCAUGGAAGGGUUCCACUCGGGGCUGGAAGAUGGUGUAUUUUUCUUAUCUGUGACCUACCUGCUUACCUCCUCCCUCAGAUGGCUGUUCAGGGUCCGAGUGGCCAAGAGCCUUGGGCCUACCAGGCGGACAGAUCUGAGCAUGCCCUUGGACCAGGGUCCUUGGACGGGAAGGAUCUGGGUGAGGGUGUAGGUCACUGAGCCAAGGACCCCUUGGGCAGCUUGUGCAGUGUCCACCUGUGGCUGCGCCCAGCAGCUGCCUAGGACCCGUGAAUUCCCCCGCCCUUGUUCCCACCACUGGCUUCAGGGCCCUGGGUACUGCUCCUUGCAUUUCCUUUUCAGAGGUCACACUCGGGGGAGGUGUGGCUGAAAUGACUUAGCUUUCCAGCUGCAGAGCUAGUUUUAGGGGAAGGGGCCAAAAGGGGCUGCCCCGUCCCACCCAGCUGUGAGCUGUCCUCAUACCCAUGAGAAGACACCCAGCACCUCCACCCUGGGCCAGCCACACUGUUCCUAGGCCCUGGAGGUCAUACAGACAGCCCCAGCCGCCAUGACUCACUCAGAGACCUAGGCUCUGCUCACGCCAGUGCCUCGGUUUCCCCGUCACCUGAUUGGGGACAGUCAACACUUCCCCCGCCUACCUCAUGGAGCUGUUUGAGGACACAGAUAAAAGCACUUUGUCCCCCGAAGGAAGAUGAGUCCGAAGCCAAAGCGGCCUGUGCCAGAGGUGCAGCCGUGAGCACACGAGGGCAGUGUGGGGCAGCUUGUGGAGAACACGGCCAGGCCGUGACCCCAGGGCAGGAGCAGCCCUUGCGGGGCAGGGGUUCUCGGCCCCCUGGGCGACCAGAGGUCGCUGGGACUCAGAGGCCGAGCCACUUGCCACAUCAGGCAAGGCCUCGUGGGCCUGUGGCACAUAGUGGGCAGGCUCCACCCUCACUCAGGCCAGAUGGGAGGUCAGCUCCAGCCCUGUAUCCAGGCCACGGCUUUCUCCCUCCUUGUGUCAAGUCCCCAGGGUCACCGUCUCCUCAGGGCUCGCCGGCCAGUGUCCCGAGUGUCAUGGCCGCAGCUCAGGGAGGAGAGGGGCGGCAGGAUUAGGGCAGCCAGGGCCGGCUAUGCUGCACUGUCCUCACUGGCAGAUACCAAGACCUGCCUGGCCUCCGUCCCAGGACGCGUUCCUCAUGACAGGACUGCGCCGCUUGCUCCCAAAGGCCAGUUGCCUGACCCCUAUACGUGUCCCCUGAUCCCCUUCUAGAGACCCCUCCUAGCCUGCGGCGGAGAGGAAGCUGAGUUCCUGGCAGGAGCCUGAGGGGCUGGGCUUGGGGGCCCUUUCCCUGGGGUCUGACCCUGCAGGCCAAGGGGUGCCACUGUGCGUUCCUGCAGACCCCGUCCAGUUCUGUGUGUGUUGUUUGGUUUCUAGGAUGUACGUGUUGCUUUCUUUUUUUUAAUGGAAAACAGGAUUAAUGUAAAUAGCGUUUUUUGGAAACAGAUUCUAAUCUGUCACGUAUGUGACCACGUGGACUAUUUUAAGGUGCUGAUGCGACACUAAUAAACCCGGGGAGCACUCCCAGGCCCUCCCUC